AUGAUGCCUCCGCCCGACGAGAUCACGAUCGAGCGCCUCCCCGAACUGCUCAAAGAUGACAACAGCGUCAAACUGGCGGGAAUCGACGUGGAUGGCGUCCUGCGCGGCAAGCUCGUAUCCAAGAAGAAGUUCUUAUCCAUCGCCAAGUCGGGCUUCGGCUUCUGCUCCGUCAUCUUCGGCUGGGACAUGCACGAUAUGACCUACAUGAGGGAGCUUAAGAUAAGCAACAAGGAGAACGGGUACCACGACCUGCUGGCGAUUCCCGACCUCAAGAGCUUUCGGCGCAUUCCCUGGGAGAAUGACAUCCCCUUUUUCCUCGUCAGCUUUUACGACCCCGACACCCAGGAGCCCAUAAGCGCCUGCCCGCGGGGGCUGUUGAAGACGCAGUUGGACAAGCUCAAGGCGAAGGGAUACGAUGCCAUGGCUGGUGCCGAGUACGAGUUCUUCCAGUUCAAGGUGCCGGGCAACGAGUCGAGCCCGGCACCGUACCUGCUUGACAACCCGCCACACUCCCUCCCCUCGUUGACCGAAGGCAUGUUUGGCUACAGCAUCACCCGGCCCGUGCACAACAAGGACUACUUCUACGACAUCUUCGACACGUGCGCAAAGUUCGACUGCAAUAUCGAGGGCUGGCACACGGAGAGCGGCCCGGGCGUCUUCGAGGCCGCGCUCGAGUUUGGUCAGAUCAGCGAGAUGGCCGACCGUGCCAGUCUGUUCAAGUACGUCGUCAAGUCAACGGCGACCAAAUACGGCAUCACGCCUUGUUUCAUGGCCAAACCCAAGCAGGGGCUGCCGGGCAACAGUGGACAUAUGCACUGCUCCGUCGUGGACAAGGACGGCAAGAACCUCUUCUUCCGCGAGCAGAGGGACGAAAACGCGAAGUGGGACGACAUUUCGCAGUUGAGUGAUCUCGGCCGACACUUCCUUGCCGGCCUGCUCGACGGUCUGCCGUCCGUCAUGCCCCUGCUCGCCCCCACCAUCAACAGCUACAAGCGGCUCGUUGAGAACUUCUGGGCCCCUGUCACCGUCUCCUGGGGACUGGAGCACCGUGCCGCAUCUAUUCGAAUUAUUGCCCCGCCGACAUCCAAGCCCGGCGCGACGCGGUUCGAGAUCCGGGUUCCUGGGGCCGACGCGAACCCCUCCUACGUUAUGGCCGCCAUCCUUGGCCUGGGGUGGCGCGGCGUGGAGAAGAAGAUGGAGAUACCAAUUCCGCCACUGAACCGGGGCGCAGAUGUCGGCGGGUCCGAGGACGUUGGGGCUAGGUUAGCCAAGAGCUUAAAGGAGGCGACAGAUGUCUUCAUGGCCAAGGACAGCGUGGCCCGUGAGGUCUUUGGUGAUGAGUUUGUCGAGCAUUAUGGUGGCACUAGGCAGCAUGAGAUCAGACUCUGGGACGAGGCCGUCACGGAUUGGGAGAUGAAGAGGUAUAUUGAGACGGUUUAG